AUGGACGGCUUCUCGCAGCCAGUCUACACGCAGGCCAUCCCUGCGGACGCCUCGCAACAGUCUGCGCCCGCGACCCAACUCGAACAACCGGUCGCAUCAACCUCGACCGCGCCUGCCACCAUUGCACCCGUGAGUGCCGCCGCUGCGAGCGCACAGGUCGAGCCGCAGCCUGUCGACCCGCCCAUCAGCGAGAAUUCGGCCCCGCUCCAGCCAGGACAGGCGCGCCUGUUCCCUUUCCCAGAGCAGGACCCAAACGCUCUCCCUCUCACCGGCUUCGCGUCCGUUCCUGCCCGCGCCGCCGUCUUGCCCAACGCUCAGCCCUACACGCGCCCGCCGCCGUACGACCGGCCAAACGUUGAGCUCGGCAAGGGCCUCAGUCGCGACCCUCCGCCCCGCAGGUUCGUCUCGGAAGCCGACAUCAAGGCGAGCCACACGGACGGGCAUGGAGAUUUGGUCAGGCAGCCGGGCGUUGUGCGAGAGGAGGAGAUUGCGACGUUGACGGUCGACCAGCUGAGGAAGAUGGGACUCGGGCGGGCGCCCUCAGGCUUCUGCUAUUCGGCACGGAUGACCCUGCACGCUCCGCUGCCCAAAACCGUCGACUCGAACGACCCGCACCCUGAACAGCCGGCUCGCAUCACCGGCAUCUUCAACAAGCUACUGAACGGCGGCUUGACGUCGCGAAUGGUCAGGGUGCAGGUCAGGGAGGCGUUGCGGGAAGAGGUCAUGCUCGUUCACUCGGAGGGCCACUGGGAGCGGGUGAGGGCGACAGGCUUCCAGACGAUCGAAUACCUCGAGACCUGCAAAGAGUUCUUCGAGCGCCUCUCGCUCUACGUCAACCCCGACUCCGCGUUCUGCGCUCGCUUGUCGUGCGGCGGUGUGAUCGAGAUGGCUCGCGCGGUGGCUGAGGGACAAAUCCGCAACGGUUUCGCGAUUGUCCGACCACCCGGGCACCACGCAGAACCUGAGGAGGCGAUGGGCUUCUGCUUCUUCAACAACGCUGCCGUCGCCGCCAAGUGGCUUCGCACUGUGUACGGAUCGGGCACGCAGAAAGACGUCAAUGGGAAGGAGAUCAAGAUGAACCGCAUUUUGAUCCUGGACUGGGACGUUCACCACGGUAACGGCACGCAGCGAGCUUUCGAGGACGACGACGACAUCCUGUACAUCUCGCUGCACCGUCACGGCAACGGCUUCUACCCUGGCGGAGACUACGGCGCGCUCGAGUCGGUCGGGUCGGGGAAGGGUCGCGGAUUCUCCGUCAACAUCCCCUUCAUGAACGAGGGAAUGGGCGAUGCAGACUAUCUCUACGCUUUCCAGAACAUCGUCAUGCCCAUCGCAUACGAGUACGCCCCCGACCUGGUUAUCGUCUCGGCGGGAUACGACGCGGCCAAGGGUGACGAGCUGGGCAAAAUGAACGUCUCGCCGGACGGCUACGCUCACAUGACGCACAUGUUGUCGGCUCUCGCAGGUGGAAAGCUGCUGCUAGCGCUCGAGGGCGGCUACAACGUCAACGCUAUUGCCGAGUCGGCCUACGCUUGCGUCAAGGUCAUCGUCGGCGACGAGUUGCCCGUCAUGAGCUCGAUCGGCGCCGCCUCGCUCGCUGCGACGAACACGGUCCACGACGUGCGGAGGAUGCAGGCGCAGUAUUGGAAGUGCAUGGGCGAGGCGGUAUUGAGCCAGGAGGAGCUGAGUAAGGCGGGAAAGAUCGAGUCGCUGUCGGAGGUUCUCAAGAAGCACCGCUUGUACGAGCUCUGGCACGAGUACGGCCUAUUCGACGUCGAGUUCAACUCGCCUACACUCGAAGAGGCGUACAGCAACCAGCUUCUCGUCUCCGAAAAUGUCUACGACGCGGCUGUCCUGUUGCUGUUCAUGCACGACCUCGGGUCGAUGAAGGCUGCGUACACCGCCGCAACUCUCGACAGCGACCUCGAGCGGACACAGCUCCUCGAUACGAGUCGCGAAGUACUUGACUGGGCCAUGGAGGACCACGACUUUGGCGUCAUCGACGUCAACCUGCUUGCGCACCUCGCGACGGUCAAGGGCCAGCCCAUCGACGCGAAGCGGGACAAGGCGCGAGAGAAGGAGUUGGCGCUCUACGUCUGGGACCAGAUUGUCGGGAUGUCGUCCGCUCAGCAUGUCAUCCUCUUCGGUAGCGGCGCGGGUUGCAAUGCCUUGAUGGACAUCGUUCGGAACCGCUUCGGCCUCGUCCACGAGCGCGUCCGUGCGUGCGUUUCGGUUCUCGGACACGAGCACCCGCCUGAGCUCGAGGCGUCCACUGGCGCUCGCAACUGGUACAAAAACCACUCGCUCGUCCUGCUUCCUUCGACUCACCCGCUCCAAGAAGACGCUCGACGAGCCGGCAAGCACCAGAAGAAGUUUGGCAACGUCUACCGAGCGACCGCCGAGGACGAGUCGCGGCCAACCCACCUCCUCCGCGCCUCCAUGCCCAAGAUCAAGGAAUUCAUCGCCGAGCGCGUCCCGAUCACCAUCGCCCCCGCCCCCGCGAUGUCCAGCAGCUCCGGCGGCGACAUCGAGAUGGCAACGCGGAUGGCGUCGGUCGAGCCCACGGGCGCACCUGUACCUGCAGCACCAGCUGCCGAAGCGAACGGCUCGGGCUUUGCGCCUCCAGCACCCGCACCAGCGGCCUGA